AUGCAGGGAGCAGAGCGGCUCCAGCUGAUCUUUGGACAAGGGCCUCCAGGGCUGCCCCUCACCGUGGUCUGUGCGUUGCCCCGACAGGCUGUGGCGUAUCCAUCGAACGCGGUGACCGAGGACAUCUACACCAAUGGCUCAGCCAUGCCCGGCACGCCAGCUGCUGGGAAUGCCCGUGAGGUGCGCAAGAUCCGGCUGGUUCAGUUCGAGAGGGUCACCGAGGAACCGAUGGGAAUCACGCUGAAGCUGAAUGAGAAGCAGAGCUGCAUGGUGGCCAGGAUCCUCCAUGGAGGCAUGAUACAUAGGCAAGGCUCCCUUCACGUGGGCGAUGAGAUCAUAGAAAUCAAUGGGCAAAGUGCGAGCAACCACUCAGUUGAGCAGCUGCAGAAGAUGCUGAGAGAAGCCAAGGGCACGGUCUCAAUAAAAGUCAUCCCCAACCAGCAAAGCCGCCUCCCUGCUCUCCAGAUGUUCAUGAGGGCCCAGUUUGACUACGACCCCAAGGCCGACAGCCUGAUCCCCUGCAAGGAGGCGGGCCUGAAGUUCAAGACUGGGGACAUCAUCCAGAUCAUCAACAAGGACGACAGCAACUGGUGGCAGGGCCGGGUGGAAGGGUCCUCGCUGGAGUCGGCAGGACUGAUCCCCUCCCCCGAGCUGCAGGAAUGGUAGCGGAUGGGGGGUGCCCACCAGGCCGGCCAGAGGGAGGCCCAGAGCUGCAGCCCCUUUGGGAAGAAGAAGAAGUGCAAAGACAAGUACCUGGCCAAGCACAGCUCAAUUUUUGACCAGCUGGACGUGGUUUCGUAUGAGGAGGUGGUGAGGCUGCCAGCCUUCAAGAGGAGGACCCUAGUGCUGAUAGGUGCCAGCGGGGUGGGCCGCAGCCACAUUAAGAACGCCCUGCUCAGCAAGAGCCCAGAGAGGUUCGGGUAUCCGGCUCCGUACACCACGCGCCCCAUGAGGAAGAGCGAGGCGCCGGGGCAGGACUAUCACUUUGUCUCCACCGAGGAGAUGACCAGGGACAUCGCCGCCAACGCCUUCCUGGAGUUCGGCAGCUACCAGGGGAACAUAUUUGGCACCAAGUUUGAAACGGUGCAUCAGAUCCACCAGCUGGAGAAAGUCGCCAUCCUGGACAUUGAACCCCAGACCCUGAAGAUUGUUCGCACGGCAGAACUGGCGCCGUUCAUCGUCUUCAUCGCGCCGCCGGACCAGGCCGAUCAGUCGGAGGCCUUGCAGCAGCUGCACAAGGAGUCGGAGAGCAUCCGCAGCCGCUACGCACACUACUUCGACCUCGCCCUGGUCAACAACGGCGUGGAGGAGAGCCUCAAGCUGCUCCAAGAAGCCUGGGACCAGGCCUGCAGCUCCCCCCAAUGGGUGCCUGUCUCCUGGGUCUACUGAGCCAGUGUCUAGCCCUGGCAGCCCCCCACACCCCCAUCCUGCAGCAUGGGAUGGUGGGAAAAAACUUGAC